AUGCCUGUCGCACUUAACUGCCUCAGCGAAGAGGGCCGGCGGGCCCUGGAACAGGGCAGCCCAGAGCCAGUGCUGCACAAAGCCACGGACAUAGAAUUUGUUUAUAACAAACUAAGCCUUGGGCAAGGCAAAUUAUACAUAAUGGAAAAAAAGAUCAUUUGGGUCUCCACCCAAAAUGAAGAAGACGAAGAAGAAAAAAAAAAAAAAAAAAUUACAAAUUUUACAGAAUUGGCUAGUAGCGCUAGUUACUUGAAGCACUACGAGAAGAAUCGGGACUUCUACAUGCACUUGGUGAACGAAGUAAACAACGUCACCGUCGACUCGUCAAACAUCUCCUUGCAUGCAAUCACAUCGGAUAAAAAAAUUUGCGACAGCUCAUGUGUAUAUAUACAACUCAACUCUGAUAUUGUGGAGGGGGGAGAACACGAUGUGGACAGCGUGGGUGACGAGGAUGCAGCUGUGGCUGAAGAGGACAGAGAACAUGUGGACAGCGGCGCAGAUGACGCUCGUGAAGACACAGAUCAAGUUAGCUGCGGGGUGGAUCAUGUAGAGGGAGAUGAAGUCCCCCAGCGACCUCGAGAAAAAUUAGGAAAACGGUUAUUUACAAAAAUGUCAAAUGAGAAGAAUUUCUUUAAAAAGAAUGAGCAGAACGGUCUGGGGGGGGAGGAGGAUUGCGAUGAGGAAAAUGCCGACGAUGAAUCAAUUGAAGAAAAAAUAACUCCAGAGAUCCUCCUGGUUAGCAAAAAUUAUUUGACCAACGAUGCCAUUUUUCGCCAGAUGAGCAACAUGGACCAUUCGCCGGACGAUGAGGAUGAUGAUGAAAGUGAGGGGGAAGAGACUCUGGAGGAGGAAGAGGAGGACGCUUGA